CCUACCCAUAUAUUAUACCAUCUCCUUAAAACACACUACAAGUAAUAAAAAGGACGGAACUUUUUUUUUUAAUAACAUACAUGCACACUUGAUGUUUCUUAUUUCCCCUUGUCUCUCUAUAUAUACACACAUUCAUUCACACACGUUCACACAUAUACAUUCACAUUACUAAUCUCUCAAGAUUUCACAAUUUUCUUGUGAUUUUCUCUCAGUUUCUUAUUUCGUUUCAUAACAUGGAUGCCAUGAGUAGCGUAGACGAGAGCUCUACAACUACAGAUUCCAUUCCGGCGAGAAAGUCAUCGUCUCCGGCGAGUUUACUAUAUAGAAUGGGAAGCGGAACAAGCGUGGUACUUGAUUCAGAGAACGGUGUCGAAGUCGAAGUCGAAGCCGAAUCAAGAAAGCUUCCUUCUUCAAGAUUCAAAGGUGUUGUUCCUCAACCAAAUGGAAGAUGGGGAGCUCAGAUUUACGAGAAACAUCAACGCGUGUGGCUUGGUACUUUCAACGAGGAAGACGAAGCAGCUCGUGCUUACGACGUCGCGGCUCACCGUUUCCGUGGCCGCGAUGCCGUUACUAAUUUCAAAGACACGACGUUCGAAGAAGAGGUUGAGUUCUUAAACGCGCAUUCGAAAUCAGAGAUCGUAGAUAUGUUGAGAAAACACACUUACAAAGAAGAGUUAGACCAAAGGAAACGUAACCGUGACGGUAACGGAAAAGAGACGACGGCGUUUGCUUUGGCUUCGAUGGUGGUUAUGACGGGGUUUAAAACGGCGGAGUUACUGUUUGAGAAAACGGUAACGCCAAGUGACGUCGGGAAACUAAACCGUUUAGUUAUACCAAAACACCAAGCGGAGAAACAUUUUCCGUUACCGUUAGGUAAUAAUAACGUCUCCGUUAAAGGUAUGCUGUUGAAUUUCGAAGACGUUAACGGGAAAGUGUGGAGGUUCCGUUACUCUUAUUGGAAUAGUAGUCAAAGUUAUGUGUUGACCAAAGGUUGGAGUAGAUUCGUUAAAGAGAAGAGACUUUGUGCUGGUGAUUUGAUCAGUUUUAAAAGAUCCAACGAUCAAGAUCAAAAAUUCUUUAUCGGGUGGAAAUCGAAAUCCGGGUUGGAUCUAGAGACGGGUCGGGUUAUGAGAUUGUUUGGGGUUGAUAUUUCUUUAAACGCCGUCGUUGUAGUGAAGGAAACAACGGAGGUGUUAAUGUCGUCGUUAAGGUGUAAGAAGCAACGAGUUUUGUAAUAACAAUUUAACAACUUGGGAAAGAAAAAAAAGCUUUUUGAUUUUAAUUUCUCUUCAACGUUAAUCUUGCUGAGAUUAUUUAUGUUGUAAGUUGUAACAAGUGGAAAAAAUUAAUUAGGUGUCAAACAAAUCUUGUGUUAAUAUUCUUUGUAUAAUGUAUGGAUGAGCUGUUAUUAAUUACUGUAAUUUUUAAUUGGGCAUACUCGUAAUUUUAAUUGGGCAUUAUUGGUUUAUAGGCCCAUUAAAGUGUUUCUUCCUCA